GUCUAGGUUCACGUUUGAAAAGUGACGUGUCAACCUUAGUCACUACUUCUUUUUCUGCAAGUCAGUGAGGUAGGUUGGUAAUAGUGGCUAACUGUGGUUGGACAUGACCAGGUACUGCACAUUUUGUGCUAAAUCAUGAUGUGUUAUAAAUACAGCUUUCACCAGAGAACAGUUACGAAGUCUGCUCACUUCUGUCAUUGCAGUUCAUUCGACUUACCAAGCUGAAAUCAUGUCUGAUUCAGUUAAUGUUCAGUUUGCAGACAAACAUUUUUUGUCUAUCAAUUUGUUUAAUGGAACUGUGUACAUUCACCUUACGAACUGGAAUGCUAGACACCAGAGAAAGAGCAUAUCUAUGACAUUAGAUGUCUUCAAUCAACUUUUGACUGAUGCACCUCAGUACGUGCAACAGGCUGAAAAUAUUGCGCUAACGAUGGAUGAACUACCAGACAUCCCUCCCAUCCCGGAAAUUGAUACACCUGACGAGAUUCAACAUGCAUCAACACCGCUACUGAUGCCACCUCCUCCCACACCGACAACAACACCGGAUAUAGGAAUGACCAGCAUCCCCACUACACCAAUGAAACAAACUGGGAGAGUUACUCCAAUGUUUGGGAAAGCAACCACCAUCAGAAGCAUGCCAUAUGUUCGUGGUAACAACAGCGCACAAAAGUAAAUCAGAAGUGACAGACCC